UACUGUGUGGAUGUGUGCUCGACUAAUGCGCAUUUUCUCGUACUUUUUAGUGGUUUAAGCUUAUUGUGAAGUGAUAAUAUUAAUAGAAUUUGAUGUGGAAGGUUCGAGAACAAUACUGAUGUGUUUUAUAGGCUGUAUAAGUUCUUAAAAUAGGCUAAAAGCCGGUGAAAACUAGCUGCAUUGCUAUACGUACAUCCCGCGAAAUCUCGAAACUCUGUCAAAUCAGCUGUUUUCCAUGUGAUGCCUGCUUGCUGGCACAUUUUUGCCGGUGUUUGUUUACUCUGCAAUAAGUAAUAAGCUUUCCCAGAUGAUAUAUCCAGCAAUGAUAGCUUAAAGAUCUCAAAGUAUUCAACACUUACAAUAUACAGUAUAUACUGCUUGUCAUAUAUAUAUAUAUAUACUGUAUUUCAUAUAUACUCUGAGCUUCAUAAGCUGCUUUACUGAUAUAAAGUUGAUAUUAAAGGCAACUUCUGCAUCUUCAGCAAUCAAAGAUGGCCGACAACGAGGCUGCCGUCACGGCUCCUGCCAGAGAUGAGGCCAAAGUGACAAACGGGGCCGCGGCCGAUGGCCUCGAAACGGCCAAAAUGGCCAAUGGGGACGUGGCCUCUUCUGUGGUUAAUGGCAAAUCAUCAUCUGAUGAUGAUGUUAAAUCAUCCCAUAAUGAUGAUGGUGGCCAUAAUAAUGAUGGUGGUGACCAUAAAGAUGCUGGUGGCCAUAAUAAUGAUGGUGGUGGCCAUAAUGAUGGCCAUAAAGAUGGCCUGAAGGCUCUUGGAAAAGCGGCCACUAACGGUCAGGCCGGCGAGGGUAAAGAAAAACAAGAAACUGCAGCAAAAGACAAUGAAGACGAUGAAAUAAAGGAAGUGAGUCAGGGUGACUCAAAUAAAACGUCUGAUGACCCACUUAAAGGCCAUGACCCACUUAAGACUGAUGACCCACUUAAGAGCGAUGACCCACUUAAGAGUGAUGAACCACUUAAAGCUGACGACCCACUUAAAGCUGACGACCCACUUAAAGCUGACGACCCACUUAAAGCUGGUGACCCACUUAAGGCUGACGACCCACUUAAGAGUGAUGACCCACUCAAAUCUGAUGACCCACUUAAAGCUAAUGACCCACUCAAAUCCGAUGACCCACUUAAAUCCGAUGACCCACUUGAAACCGGUGACCAACCUAAAACCGACGAACUACCUAAAACUGAUGACCCACUUAAGCCCGACGAUGCAGGUGGAGCUAAUGACCCACUUAAGCCCGAUGACCCACUUAAGCCCGACGAUGCAGGUGGGGCUAAUGACCCACUUAAGUCCGACGAUGCAGGUGGGGCGGAGACCCCUAAGAAAAAGAAGAAGAAAAAGCCAUCAUCGUCCCUGGAUGAUGACGGCACACCUAAAGAGAUGAGGAGGUCCUCCCGUCAGCGCAAGCCUGUCAGCUACGUGGAUGAUGUCAAGAUAGUAGCGAGGCCCGAUGAUAACAAGGGCGGCAGUGAUGUGGAAAUGAUAGAAGAGAGGGACCCACUUGCUGUCGACGACAAGAGGGCAAAGGGGCGCGGCGCCCCCCAGAAUGUCAUCGUUAUAGACACGAACACGCUGCUGCGCAACCAGGGCAACCUGGCUGCUGUGGUCGCUGCUCAGCAAUCAACCACAGCAUCUACCACAGCAGCUACAACCAUGCAGCACCUCAACCAGCAGAUCAAUAACCACUCAAUCACCCUCACUCAGCACCCCUCAGCACCCUCAGCACCACAGCAGCAGCAGCAGCAGACGGCACAGCAAAUGCUGCAGAGUGCUGCGCAGAACGUCACCAGCGUGGGGGGUAACCUCAAUAUUGGGGGCAUCAACCUGUCGGCGGCCGCCAUCGCUAACAACCCCGCGGCGCUGCAGAACGCGAUAGCCGCCAUCACUGGGGGGCCCAACGCCCCCCCUGGCCUCAAGAACGCCUACAUCACCGCCGUGCAGCAGGUGCUGCUACAGCAGCAGGCUGCAGCUAACACUACACCAGCAGGCCAGCAGUACCUACAUCACCUACAUCAGUACUACAACACGCUGGGGGCGCUACGAGACGAGGCCUACGUCAUCGAGGCGCCGUCCUUCAUCGUGCCCUACGUGAUGGAGGGCAAGCCUAAGGAGAACAUCAAAGAUUUCUUGAAACAGUUCAACAAGAAGCAAAUAGAGCUGGAGAAAAAGGAGAAACUGGAGCUGGAGAAGAAACUGGAGCAAGAGAAAAAAGAGAAGCUGGAGCUUGAAAAAGAAGAAAAAUUGGCAAAAGAAGCUGAAAAAAGCAAAAAUAGAAGUGAAGAAGAAGCUAAAACCGAGGAAAAAAAUGAUAAGAAAGAAGAAAGUGAGAAGAAAAAAGAAGAAAGUGAUGAGAAAAUGGAGGUGGAUGAUAAAUUGAAUGAUAAAGACGACGAUAAAAAAAUUGACGAGAAGAAAACUUCAGAAGAGAAAAUCGACGAAAAGAAAGACGAUGAUAACAAAGAUAAGGAUGACAAAGAUAAGGAUGAUAAAGAUAAGGAUGAUAACAAGGAGAAAGAUAAGGAAGAUAACGAUGAUAACAAGGAGAACAAGGAUGAUAGCGCCAUGCCAUACGAAGACGAUACGAAUUUUGAACGCUUCAAGCGUGAAGACUAUACCCACCUGGGCAGGUGGGUCAUGGGUGGGUCAUGGGUGGGNAAGACCCAGCCCACCCGGCAGGAUAUAUCCGCGGUGAAGGCCCUGGACCGACAGCUCAGCAAGAGUCGCGACAAGAACGCGCAUCUUCGCCUGCCGCUGCACACUUGCCGACACUGCAACUACCGCACCGACAGCCUCACAGUCAUGAACAGACACUUGGAGUGUCCACACAUGCUCAACUACACAUACAAGUGUAACUUCUGUGUCUUCGAGACCCGCGGUCCACAGGUGAUCCUGUUCCACAUGGAGGCGGAGCACAUGGUGCGGGGGCGGCUGGAGCGUGCCCCAGCGUUCUUCCAGUGCCCGCUCUGUCCCUUCGAGGACAACAACAAGAGCAAGAUGACAAGACACUCGUUCUCAUGUGCCAAGAAGUUCAGACCUGACAAGAACUGUGAGCUGCUAGAGUGGGAACCUCCUGCCAAGAUACCUAAGGUAAUGGGGGUAAUGGUUACCAGGGUAAUGGUAAUCAGGGAUAACCUUAACCGGGGUCGGGGUCGGCCUGUGGGGUCGUACAAGUCCCCCCUCCCGACCCCCGCGGUGCGCCCAGGAGCCCCAGGGUCGGGGUUCGCCCAGCAGCGGCCCAGCAACCCCAGCCUGACCCAGACCCAGCAGCUGGCCCUGGCGGGACAGCUCUUCCAGGGGUUGCAGAACAACAAGGGGGUUGGGGGCAAGGGGGGUCAGACCCCCAGCAUCUCCAUCACGGCGCUCCCCCGCGCGGGGGGUCCGACCCCCACGGCGACCCCCACGACCCCCACGGGGGUCAAGACAACCCCUGGCAAGGACGGCAAGCCUUCCUUUGUCAUCUGCGAGAUAUGCGAUGGUUAUAUAAAGGACCUGGAGCAGCUACGUAACCACAUGUCCCCUCUCAUGACCCACUUCUCCCCCCAGGACCUGGAGCAGCUACGUAACCACAUGUCCCCUCUCAUGACCCACUUCUCCCCCCAGGACCUGGAGCAGCUACGUAACCACAUGUCCCCUCUCAUGACCCACUUCUCCCCCCAGGACCUGGAGCAGCUACGUAACCACAUGUCCCCUCUCAUGACCCACUUCUCCCCCCAGGACCUGGAGCAGCUACGUAACCACAUGUCCCCUCUCAUGACCCACUUCUCCCCCCAGGACCUGGAGCAGCUACGUAACCACAUGUCCCCUCUCAUGACCCACUUCUCCCCCCAGGACCUGGAGCAGCUACGUAACCACAUGUCCCCUCUCAUGACCCACUUCUCCCCCCAGGACCUGGAGCAGCUACGUAACCACAUGUCCCCUCUCAUGACCCACUUCUCCCCCCAGGACCUGGAGCAGCUACGUAACCACAUGUCCCCUCUCAUGACCCACUUCUCCCCCCAGGACCUGGAGCAGCUACGUAACCACAUGUCCCCUCUCAUGACCCACUUCUCCCCCCAGGACCUGGAGCAGCUACGUAACCACAUGUCCCCUCUCAUGACCCACUUCUCCCCCCAGGACCUGGAGCAGCUACGUAACCACAUGUCCCCUCUCAUGACCCACUUCUCCCCCCAGGACCUGGAGCAGCUACGUAACCACAUGUCCCCUCUCAUGACCCACUUCUCCCCCCAGGACCUGGAGCAGCUACGUAACCACAUGUCCCCUCUCAUGACCCACUUCUCCCCCCAGGACCUGGAGCAGCUACGUAACCACAUGUCCCCUCUCAUGACCCACUUCUCCCCCCAGGACCUGGAGCAGCUACGUAACCACAUGUCCCCUCUCAUGACCCACUUCUCCCCCCAGGACCUGGAGCAGCUACGUAACCACAUGUCCCCUCUCAUGACCCACUUCUCCCCCCAGGACCUGGAGCAGCUACGUAACCACAUGUCCCCUCUCAUGACCCACUUCUCCCCCCAGGACCUGGAGCAGCUACGUAACCACAUGUCCCCUCUCAUGACCCACUUCUCCCCCCAGGACCUGGAGCAGCUACGUAACCACAUGUCCCCUCUCAUGACCCACUUCUCCCCCCAGGACCUGGAGCAGCUACGUAACCACAUGUCCCCUCUCAUGACCCACUUCUCCCCCCAGGACCUGGAGCAGCUACCGUAUGACAACAUGUUGCUGUGUGGCAGCGUGUUCCAGUGGAAGCUGCUUAACCACGUGUCACGUGACCACAAGAUGUUAUCGUACCUCAGGCACGUGUUCCAGUGGAAGCUGCUCAACCACGUUUCACGUGACCACAAGAUGUUAUCGUACCUCAGGCAUGUGUUCCAGUGGAAGCUGCUGAACCACGUGUCACGUGACCACAAGAUGUUAUCGUACCUCAGGCACGUGUUCCAGUGGAAGCUGCUGAACCACGUGUCACGUGACCACAAGAUGACCCUGAAGCCGGCUCACUUAUCCUACAAGUGCACGGUAUGCACGGCCACGUUCAACAUGUACAGGCUCUUCGAGAACCACGUGUACAGCGCGCACAGCGUCGUCAACAAGGCCAAGGAGGCAACCACCAAGACUAAUGGUCAGUGA